ACGAGAGCAGUGCACACGACAAACGCGGACAGAAGGGCACGGACCCCUGGAGUAAAAGCGUACUCAGAAACAUCAUUUUAUAAUUUUUUUAAAAUACGACCUACAACGGGAUAUUAUUUCAAUCACGUCCUUAAGGAUGGCAGAUGCUGAGGAAAAAACCAAUACCUGUGGGACAGUAUGCCUCAAAUACCUUCUGUUCAUCUUCAAUCUUUUCUUUUGGCUGGCAGGUGGCGCUGUGAUGGCAGUGGGAAUAUGGACUCUCGUGGAUAAAAGUGACUACAUCAGCCUUCUGUCCUCCAGCAUGUACUCGGCUGCGGCCUUCAUCCUGAUUGGUGCUGGGGCCGUGGUGGUGUUCACCGGGAUACUGGGCUGCUGCGCCACCAUCAGAGAACAAAGAGGUCUUCUUAUAGUGUUCUUUGUGCUGUUGUUGUUAAUCUUCCUUCUGGAGAUCACAGCUGGAAUUCUGGCUUACGUCUAUUAUCAGGAGUGUUUUCCUCUCUGCUACCAGCUAAACGCUGAGCUGAGAGCCGAUCUGAAAGAGAAGAUGGUGCAAAACUACCAGCAGCAUGGACAAGAGCACAUCACUAGAGCCAUCGACAAGCUCCAGCAAGACCUGAAGUGUUGUGGCAGUAACAGCUCGGCGGACUGGAGGGAAGGGGUCUGGAUACAUACAGACAUUGCCGACAAACGGCUGGUGCCCGACAGCUGCUGUAAGACCCCCACACAGCGCUGUGGAGUCAGAGACCACCCAUCCAACAUCUACAAAGUGGAGGGAGGCUGCGUUUCCAAACUAGAGGAGUUUAUACUUCAACAUCUGAUUAUUUUAGGCUCAGUGGGUCUCGGGAUUGCAUUCAUUCAGAUUAUAGGGAUGAUUUUUACCUGCUGCUUGUAUCAAAGUUUGAAAGAAGAAAUAUAUUGAGAAAGAAGAUACUUAUUCACACCAACACCAAAAAAGCUGUCUGCAUUACUGUCUGCUUGGUUUUAUGUUGUUUGGUUUCAUGAAUGUGUCACCAUAUGCAGGAUGACAGCUCAAUAUGUCUUGGCUGCAGGACAGUCGUUCUGGAAAUGGAACUUAAAUGGCUUUGUUUUAAGCAAAGGUUUUUAGAAGCAGUGUGUUCUCAAAUUAGAUUUUUUUUUUCCCCAGAAAAAUAAAUCAGUGGAAUUGUUUCAUUUGAUUUCUGUCAAUUUUACUCUCACAAAUGCCUUCAGAUAAAUACAGAAUGUAUCGGCCAUUUAUUAUUAAACAUUAGAUAAUUUUUUAGCACCCUUUCAGCAUUAAAAUGGGUUGUAAUCUUUAUUACUGCUUUAAUAUUAAAAUGACAGACAUACAUUUUUACAUGCUUUGUGUGAAACAUUUGUUCUAAUAAUAAACAUUAACAUUAA